GCAUUUUACCUGAACCCCUAGUCCGUAGCCCCGAUGGCGCUGGGAACUUCUACUUCUGGGCGGAUCGCCCUUUCGCGCCAGGUGCCGGCACCAUGCAGCCGGCGAAACCUGGCCGCUUCCCUGCCCCGCAACGCGGAGCGUCUGCGGCACCGGGUGGCGGCGUUUGAGAGCCUCAACACGGACGACCUUAUCCCCACGAAGCUGGAGCUGCUGAAGAAGGUUGCUGGUCUGAACCGCGGGGCUCUAGCCUCGAGCAAUGACAAGUACGAGGUCAGCACGUAUGUGGAUGUGCUUGAGGAGGCGGUGCAGUCCUCUGGUGCGCCAGUGGACAUGAACGCCGUGCAGGGCAAGUGGGAGCUCAUCUACAGCAGCGUGGAGCAGUUCCGCUCGUCGCCAUUCUUCUGGGCCUUCCAGGAAGGCCUGGUGCAAAGCCGCGAUAUCGCGUCCCAGAUCUUCAAGUUCACCGACUCGCUGCCAGGCGCCACCAUCGGUGCCGCCUUCCAGACCAUAUCCUUCGACACGGGCAAGCUCAUCAGCGAGGUGGACAUUGAGGUUUUCCCCGCCAUCCGUGGCACUGUGGUGACAACCAGUGAGGUGGAGGUUGACCCGCCCCGCAACCUCAACGUCACGGUGCAGACGACCCGCGUGUCCAACAGCAACGUGCUGCCCUUCGUGGACAACGUGUCGGUGCCGGUGCAGGAGAUUGUCGAGGGCAUUCGUGGCCCCGGCUCCACCCGCGUUGCUGUGGAGAUUACGUACGUGGACAGCGACAUGCGCAUUGCACGCACGCGGCCGGACGGCGAGGUCUUUGUGUACCGUCGCGUGUAAGAGAGUGUGUACUAAAGUCGGGACAAUUGGGGCGACCGCUGGACCUGAGUAUUGUUUUAGAGAGGAACUGAGUGGCGUACUAAGCGUGAGCGGUGUGCAUGUGAGCUUGGUACUGUGUGACCCUGUGUGACCCGAAGGAACUGACGUCAAGUGACAGCACUCGAAGCUGCCAGGGCGCAGCUAUGGAAAUAUGUAUGGAAGAAGUGCACGAAGCCUUACGCGGUGCGUGCUGAAGCAAUAGCUGCGGGCUAAAGUAUUUGGCAGAGGAUGUGGUGUGCCCGAUUGCCCGCCGGUUGCGCUUUUUGUGCGCCUGGCAGCCCUGGCUAGCCUUACUUCACCGCCCCGGUUAUCGCUUGUACUAGGCGUGGACCAAACACUUGCGUUGCCCCGUGUGGCAACGCAACGAGUGGAAGCCUCGGAUGCCCCCGGUCCCGCCAGUGACGUUGACAAGGUCAAGGUGUGCACGGCAGGAAUUCUGGAAGCCGCUACAGCC